GCACACUUACCCAUCUCGCAAACAGACUCGCCGUCGCGUGCCCGCCGGGUCAAUCAAUUCUCCGCGUUUAUGUUGUGGUCGUAGUGGCGUUGGUCUUCUCCAAGUGCGUUGCCGCUACGCAAGACUGCGUCCUUUACAUUAGAAAAGCUAGCCAUAGUCAGACUUCACCAGACUCGUAUACUGCUGACUCUCUGAUUCUUGGCGCAUUUCGUGUAGUACGGCAAAGCAGUGAAUACUUCAUUGAUAACAAAUUCGGCAAUAGACUGAGUGAGUUCCUGCUGACCAUAUACGGGUCGAAGAUCUUCGUAUUCAAAAUACGAUAGAAGCAAAGUAUGUCACGAGGAGGUCGAGGUCCCCCUGACAUCCAUGGAAUGGUGUCCCUUAAAGUGGAUAACCUAACUUAUCGGACAACGAUCGAAGACCUUAAACGUGUAUUUAGAAAAUAUGGCGAUGUAGGAGACGUUUAUAUCCCACGAAAUCCGCGCAAUAAUGAGUCGCGAGGCUUUGCCUUCGUAAGGUUUUACGACCGGCGAGAUGCCGAAGAGGCGAUGGAUUGUCUGGAUGGAUACAGAUUGGACGGUCGCGAGCUCCGUAUCGCUAUGGCCAAGUACGCACGGCCGGGUGGUCGCGGCGGCCGCGAGAGGUCUCGUUCAAGGGAUCGCCGCAGUCGGCGGCGAAGCCGAACACGUUCCCGCUCUCGCGACAGACGUUCCCGCUCGCGUUCGCACCGGCGCCGAUCGCGUUCGGAUUCUCGUAAGCGUUCCACGUCAAAGGACGAUGAUCGUAACGACCGCAGAUCGCGAUCGAAAGAAAGAGACCGUUCAUCUCGAGACAAGUCCCGCGAUCGUUCAAGGUCAGGCGACAGAGAUCGAAACAGGUCACGAUCAAAGGAUCGAGACGCCUCCGCCGACAGGGAGCGCGAUGAUCGGUCACACUCUCGAGAAGCGUCAAGGGAUCGGGAUGACACAUCGCCCACCCGUGACACGGACCGGGAUAAUCGAUCUAGGGACCGCGAUGAUGAAUCACGGGAAAGAGAUCGGGACGAUUCCAGAGAAAGAAGCAGGUCACCCAUUGAUAGACAGGGACAGCGGGAUUCGGAGGAGCGUAAUGGUGACGCUGGCGACGAUGACGACGAAGACCAUAGCCGAUCUCCUGAGGGCUCUCGUGACGACAGAGACGAUUGAAAUCCGCGAAGAAGUCCAAAGCAUUCGAAUAUAUUAUAUUCUGAUGACGACCAAAAAAUGAGGGCAAAACCCGGACAUCCGUAAGACGGAAAAGGAAAAUUUAAGGAGGGCUGUAAUGAACGGGUGUGAAUUGAAAUGAGAUAAUAUCAAGCUGACACGUUGCGAAAUCAAAGAAAAAGCGGCCAGCACGGUAUGGUAUUCAAAAGAAAGCAAGAAGCUGGUGCUGACGCGUUGUCGACAGCAUGGCAGAGUAAUGGAAAGAGACAGCGGGAGACGUGUCAGUGAAUGAAAACGGAACGACCGAUUUGAAGAUGAGAUCAGUUUGCCUCACAGUGAUCUCAAAAUGUGCAGAUUUCUCGACCGUAAUCGUUCACUGAUAGUUUCAAGCAUACAAGCUUCUUGGACAGAAGUGCCGUAAAUGGCAUUGCCGUGGUGUUUCGGUGGUGUUGGUGGUGCAAGCGUACGCGGCGCCGAGGUGCGUGACGUGGUGAAGCCUACGAAAAAGCGCGGAGAGAGGCCAGCUCAGCCUGAAAAUUAUAUGGUGGCGAUUGUGGUCGUGGUAUCGUGGUGGUGAUGAAAGCGCGGUGUGCUUGCUGCUUGGCGAAAAAGAAAGCUGAUCUUGGUGAGCUGUUUGCGCACAGCCUGCGCCUGGCACAGCUGGCCCUGUUGAGUUCUGCCGUGAUAAGCGUGGACGCCCGCCACUGCAAUUUACGGCGUCCUGUUGACCUGACCAGCUGACUGAAUGAGCUGCUGCCGAACCGCGGACGUAGUACUGCGGGUUCACAGUGUUCGAAAGCGAAGAAACCUGCGACUUCACUACGGCGUGUGAAGCUGCCGAUACUGCUGUUGCUGUGUUCGCGUCUGCGAAGGUGGCUAGGGCGUAGUGGCGUCGUCCACCAGUUUAUCCAUCGCUGGUGCCAGUUAGUUCCAGAGGGAUGGGUCUGUAAUCAUCCUUGCCGAUAAGACAACGUGCCGUUCACUUGCCAAAUUUGGCUUGGCGGGGAUUAAACGAUGGGAGAUAUCUUACCUUUUUUGAGAAAAAGGUCAACAGUACAGGCGGAUGUCCAUCUUUAAUAUGCAUAGAAUUGUUACUCUCUGUGCUUUUAAGACAGUCCGCUUCCGUGGUUAACUUAAAGCAUGAGAAUUUCGGAGACAAAUAGAUCUAGACGUAAACACAUUUUGUUGACGCGGUGGACAAUCCAGUAUAAGUCGAAGCUCAUUAGGAAGACGUAUUCAGCAAAUAGCAAGGAAUUCACAGGUAGCUGAGUGAAGAAUAUGUUGCAAUCGCCUAGUUUUUCGAGAUCGAGAUGGCGAAGAUGCUGCGGCUGUUAGUCUUGUCAGGUGGUAUCUAUCUACCUGCCAUCCUGUGUGUUCGAGAAGGUGCACCGCCACACCGAAACGCGCGCAGUUUGUGAUUUUUAACUCAGUAAUUCUAGCUGCCAGCAUCGUUCCUGUCUGUACCCGUUGGAACCGACUCGGAUUUGAGCGACUGUCACAGUUGUUCUGGUUUGUUCAUCAGUGAACUCGAUAAGCGAAAAAUCGAGAGCGGGAGUAUUUAUAGAUGAAAAAGGCCUUAUUCUCUCUCUAGAAACUUUGAUCGCGCCAGCAUUAUAAACGAAGUAGUGUUUUUUGUGAUUUUGCACGGGUUAACGUUAUAGCGGUAUUUGACUACGAGAUUUGUGCAUUUGUUCUAGCUUUUUUUUCUGUCCCACGGUAUUCCUGCCUUUGAAAUGAAAAAAAAAGCUUUGGCCAUUUCAAAGGCCUGCAAUGACUUGUCUUUUGUGUUUCUUAUUAUUCUAGUACGACAUUUUGUAGUCCAUUAGAGCCUAAAAAACGUUGCGUACGUUGGCCUGACCUUGACAGGCGAGAACGUCUUGAUUGAAUUUCUCACGCUUUUUUAU